CUCGCCGACCGGUUGUCGGUAAAAUGGCUGAGGUAGGUCAGAGGCUGGGCACCGGUGCUUACCGGCUGUCCACUCUCAGAAACAGCCGUAGUCGACCGGUGUGCACCGGAGAAAGCCCCGGUUCUCUGCUGGUUACCUGCACUCUCAGUGACAGUCGGUUAAAAGACGAAUCGGUCCGGGAUCAACGUGAAGUUGAGCCGAGAAGCAGAGCAACUCAAUGCAACUCGGAGAAGCUGACACGCAGUGGAAGUGAACGGGAGAAUGCGACUUUACUUUGUGCCACUUCUUCGUCCCGUUUGAUCAGACACAGCUUGCAAGCUCACCCAGCAGCCCUGUACGCCUCAGCAAGACUGCAGCCUCUCCUCCAGGAGAAGCUGCUGCCUGGCCGGAUGACACCCUGGACCGGAGGAGCUGUUUCCAUCCACCUGGACACCUUCCGGUCCCCUCAGACGCUGCGGGCUUUCUGCACGGUGGUCUUCAUUCUGGCAGAGCAGGCGUCAGAGAGACGGAGGCGCCUGAAGGUGCACCCUGAUACCCUGCACGCCUCCAGUAGAGGUUACAGCCGGGGGAGUGACAGCAGCUCCAAACAUGUUCCUCUGCUGUACAGAAGUAGGACGUCCUAUUACGACAUCCUCAAAGUGUCCCCCGGUGCCACACAGUCCCAGAUCAAGACAGCCUACUACAAGCAGUCCUUCAUCUACCACCCUGACAAGAACCCGGGGGACGAGGAGGCCACCCAGCACUUCUUUGAGAUCAGCGAGGCCUACACGGUGCUGGGCAACGCCAGUCUGAGGAAGAAGUACGACCGAGGUUUUCUGAGCAGGUCAGAUGUUCAAAGUCCGUCCUCCAAAGAGACCACGGGCUCCCCACAGCAGCAGCAUCACUACCGAGCCAGGCGGUUCUCCAAAGCUGGGGAGAAGACCAUGUUUGAUUUUGACGCCUUUUAUCAGGGUCACUACGGGGAGCAGCUGCAGAGGGAGAGGGACAUGAAAGCCAGGAAGCAGCGCAUGCAGGAGCAACAGAAGGAGGCUCUGAGCAAGUGGAGGCAGGGGAAAAAAAUGGAGAUGACUGUGGCUUUGCUGCUGACCGUGGCAGGCUUACUUUUGGUCAGUCUCUGCAAGCCUUGAAGCAGCAACCUGGGGUUGCAUGUGAGG